UCGGGCAGCGGACGUAGAUCAUUGUGCGUCGCGUGUUUCGCUUUUCAUUUUUAGUCUAUAUAUAAUAAUAUAUAAUAUAUAAUAAUAUAUACAUAUAUAUAACUUAGGGAUACACGUAAACGUAUCUACGUUAUACACACUACAACUCUAUAUAUGUAAUAGUCAUUUUCUUAUUUACUUCUCUUUUUUGUCGCACCUAACUAAGCACGGUUAGAUAUUUGAAUGCGUUUAAGAUAUCGAUGCAUAUUGACGUAAAAAAAAAAAUUAUAAAUCGCACAAGGCAUACGGUUUUGCGAUACUCGUAUUCUCCGUUUCAUUGACGUCGUAAUCUUAUGUCUUUAUACUUGCGCUACCCACGUAUUUCAAGUAUAAUAAUAUAUAGUACUCAACGUGAGAUUGCAGCGAAAUCGUGAGUGGUGUGAUUUCGAACGAAAUUUACGUGUGCAAACAUCAACUACGUCGAACGUUGACAAAUCUUGCUCGCUCGGCCGCUUGGCAGCUGACGUUCGAAUCGAAUUCGAUAAGGAACGGUUAACGAACUAAAUACGUAAAUUUCAUCAUCUUCUGCGUACAUCGAAUCAUGAAUGUUAAUGCACGUAUUUACACAUACGCAUAAGAAUAUCCAGCUUAACUAGAGGAGAAAAAUAAGGAGUGUGCGUGCCAGUGCAAGUACACAGUAGUACAUUACACACACCCAUUCACACAGACAGGCGUGCGCUUGCUCGCUCGCUCGCAUUAUAAGAAAAUAUACUUGGGCUUCUCGUCGUUGUUUUCGGGAAAGCGAAUGAAUGAACGAUCCUCGACGUGCAAGAAUACAAUAAAGGCGACGAUCGAAAAAAAUCGCAGUGCUUAAUUUAGUGUGAUAAUGCAGUGCAAUCUGAAGGUAGCAAGGUACUCAGGAAAAAUUUGCGACCGAGUCAGCUGACAUAUUGCUUGUUGCUGUGUUUCAGUCGUCCGUUGUCUACAUCGAGCCGUCGCGGCCUUCGGUAAUCAAGCACUGACACGAUAAAAUACGUGUUCACAAGAGAAAAAAGGCUUCAAUUUUGCUUCUGCCUGCCUGAAAAGUUUCAUUCAACACUGUACUAUAACUUUGUUGGUGUGAAACUAUACUUCAUCGUGCUUACACAUUGAACCUGAGUCAACCUAAGAGCCUGCAAGCUCUGAUAUAAUUUUAAAGCAGAUCUAAAAUUCAAGAUAAAAUGGAACGUGAAUCAAAUCCAAUGCAAGCUCUAUGCCGAAGUGGCUGUGGCUUUUAUGGAUCACCAGCUACAGAUGGACUCUGUUCAUUGUGUUUUAAAGAAAAUCUGAAAAAGAAACAGCAGCCACCAGUAUCAGCACCAUCAGCUUCACAAACAGCUGCAGGUAAUGCUGCAGCUGCUGUUUUGCAAACUACUUUUACCAGUCCAGCAUCUACGGGAACAACUGCCCAACCUACGAUACCAACAAUACCCAUGCCACAGUCAACCACAGACCUGCCUAGUUCAAAAGAUUUACAAACAAGCAGGGAUGAUCAAGAAAGUGAAGCAGGUAAUAGUACAGCUGCUGGAAGUUCUGUGAGUAGUGGAGAUUUGGAUGACUGCUUUGAUGGCAAAGAGACUGAUAAAGACAGUAAGAAAAAGAAGAACCGAUGUGCUCUUUGUCGCAAAAAAGUUGGCUUGACUGGAUUCGAGUGUCGAUGUGGUGGACUCUUCUGCGCUGUGCAUCGAUACAGUGACAAACAUGAUUGCAAGUUUGAUUAUAGAGAAAUGGGCGCUCAAGAAAUUCGGCGUAAUAAUCCAGUUGUUGUUGGUGAAAAAGUGCAAAAAAUUUGAACUAUUUUAGUGUGUAGAUCGUUCGGGAAGUUGGUUAUAUAUAAUUAAUUUAAGUAAAAUAUUAAACGAAAAUUCACGAAGAAAACGAGAUAAUUUAUCUGGCAGCUCUGUAUCAUGAUGAUAAUUGCACACCAAGGAUCAAACAAAUGAACAUUAUUACUAUUACGUGUGCAAAAGCAGUACGUAAAUAUGUGUGAGAGUCCAUUAGAGAGUAUAUUAUAUAUGUGUGAGAGUAUGUGUGCGUGAGCGUGCGGACGUGUGUACACGUGAGUGAGUGAAGUACGUUGUGUACAAGUGUGUGCUCUAAAAUUGAGUGAAAGCAAUUCUAACUAUUGAAUAAGCUCCUGAAAAAAUAUAGCUAAAUUUGUCAAGCGUUAGAUGACAAUGAGAAGAGGAACGGAAUCCCAGUCUUAGAGGCUUAAUUAUUUAAAUAAGAUAUACAAGAAGAACCUGAUAACAAAGCAGGAAAGAAAGAUAUUUAAGUAUUGAAUUUUUUUUGCUAAAUUGAAGAUUAAUUCUACAGAUUACUAGGUAAAUCUUCAAUAAAGUUUAAAGAAUUCUUAUACUUGAUUAAAAAACGGAAUGUAUUUCUUAUAGUAUGAUGAAAAAUUGUUUUAUUAUAACGAUUGUCAGUGCAUAAAUCAUACAGUACAUUCAAGCAAAUUAAUCACAAAAGUUCAACAAGCACAGUUUUUGUGAUCAGUGCCAUUUUUUUAAAGAUUGUCAUUUAAUUGAAUAUCUUAUAUGAUUGUAUAAAAGAUUAAUGUUUGCAAAUUAUUAGUAAUAUUAUACAUCUGAUUACUAAGUGCUGCCAGCUUUAAAUUCCUACUAACCUUCAACGCUGCAAUUAAUACUACUGUACCUAUUACUUUGAAUCAACAUGAUUAUUAUUUGAAACUAUAUGAUUAAAGGAUUACUCUUUAUUAUUUGUUUUUUAUUAGUUAUUUUGACGAAAUAGUGAAGAAGAGCGAACGCUACUCAAUAAUUAAGCGUUCCUCCGUACUUUAAGUAGGCAAAUGUAUAAUUCUUAGAGCGGUCAGUCAUUAUCAUUAGAUGUCGAAUUGAGAAAUCGGCGUUUUCAGCGAUGUCAUACUAUUCAGUUAAAAUGGAUGAGAGCGAGUUUAUCGAUUGAAAUGUAUUGGUUAAAAAAAGUAAAUUGGAAACUCGUUUUAAUUGUUAGUUGUUUUCCAUUUUAUUUUGUAACAAGUUCAGUUAUGUGCCUUUAUAUAAAAUGCAGUUCAGAAUGAAUUUUUUUAUUUUAAAAAGGAUAGUUAUUGAUGAUGACGACUGCCGUUAUUAAAUCUGUGAAUCGAUAACAAUAUUUAGUUUUAAUUAUUAGCAGAAAUAAUUGUAAAAGUACAGUAGUUAAUCUAUUGAUAAUGAUGCAAUGGAAUAUGACUAGUACAGCGUUUAUGCAUAUUUAUCAUUUUUGCAUUCCAACUUUAAAGUACACUUGACUAAUUCUUUUAAGCGUAAACGACAACUUACCUUCUUUGAUUCAACUCUUAAAAUUCACGUUUUGUCAUCCGUAAACUAUAACAUAAAAUCAACAAUAUAACAUAAAACGUGCCGAAAGUAGUAAAAUUUAGAAUUUUGAAGAUCGCAUGUGAAUUUUCUAUCGGAGCCAAUUCGUGUUAACUUGAACAUUUUAUUUUUCCACGCAAAGUGUGUACAUUAUGUUUCAUGAAUCCCUCAUCGAAAAAUAAGAGUUUCAUUCUGAUCGCAGAUCAGAAGAAGCUACUUCGGUUAGAGGAUUCGCGAGAAAUAGUCACUUGUAAUUGUGUAUCUGACUAAUGUAUUGAUAUAAAAUGAGUGUGAAAAGAAUGAUAAACCAUCGCUCAUGCAAGCAUACGUCCGUGUAACUUUCUUUACCUGCUAAUAGCAAAUAAAUAUGUAUGUACAUGUAUAUACAUUGGCUAUGCUCAUAAAACAUACAAAAAGCAAACAGGAUGACCGAUGAACCUUUCAACGACAGCGCGUGUCCGUUCCUCGUUCUCUUAUCUUCAAAAAUAUUUAAUUAUUAAUAAAUAAUUUAAAUAGAUAUUUGCUGAUCGGUGUGUGUCUUAUAUACAUAUAAUAAAUGAAUAUAAAAAAGUAUAUACAUAUAUUAUUAUGAAUUAUUAACUGCAUACUGUUACUGCGAAAGAUGGCUGUCAGCCGUUCUAUAUAGCGUGUAGGCAGAUAGUUUGUCGGUAAUUCUCGUUUUCUUCCGUAAGUUUGUCUUAUUUAUAUAAUUAUCAUUAAUAUUAUUAUCAUGAUUAUUAUUAUUAAUUAUCAUUAUAUUUAUUUAAUUAUUGCUCUCGCUUAUUUUAUUUAUUAAAAUUACUUCCUUUUUAUCAACUUAAUAUGCGAGUUAAUUAAUUGUAACGUCAAUGAACACUAGUAAUGAUUGUCUGAGGGAAUUUAUAUUUGAAAGCUGAUGAAAGGACUAUCACAAAUUGAACAUUGAAACUACUGCGUGAAGCAGGCUGCAAUUUUUAGAAUAAUAACAUAACUGGGUUGGUAGGUAAAGAACAUCAAACCUUGUGAGGACUUGGAAAAAAAACGAAAAAAGUUGAGCUAGAAAUACUUGUUACAUAGCGAGAAGCAAUAGUUACAUGAAGUAAUCAGUGAUGUUCAACUUGAGUGGUUCAUAUUUUAAAAGCAUUGGUGCAAAUUUAAAAGAAAAAGUUAUUGCUAUGUUAAAAACGAUAAAUUAACAAAUAAAUUAUUCGUUUUAUAAAUUAA